AUGUCGAUGACACGUCAACGGAAGACCGUACCGUUCGCUUCUGGUUUCAAACUGCCAGAUCAAUCAGCAAUUGAGAAGGCUCUAGGAGCAUUCGAUGACGCGACCCUUGAAUCUGUUUUCAAUGAGAACUUUUACAAAACAUUCGACAGUUUGCCGUUUCCGAAGAAACCAUGGGACUGGCUUGCGCAAUACAUUGAAAGAGGACAAACAUAUGCCGAACACCUUCAACUAUCUCGAACUUUGAAUACUCCGGCAUCGUCCAAUCGAAAAUCAAUUUAUCUGACAAUCAUCGGAGAAAUUGAUUACUCGAUCUUCGAUGUAAACAAUUUAGUUGAAUACACUCAACGCUUUUUUCAAAUGCCCGUGAAACUGAUUCAUCCAUUCAUUGACUUUCAGUUGGAUGACGACACGUAUCAAUGGACUUGCAAGAAACUUACGAAGUCAGCAAAUGAGAAAAGUCAAACAUUUAAGCUGCAUACACGAUACAACGAAAAACCAAAACACUGUCAAGUUCACGUGACUAGUAUCCUAAACUUACUGACUAAAGUCGUACCUGAGGACGCCAAGUGUCUUGUUGCUCUAACAAUGCUUGAUCUUUACAGCGACGAUACUGAUUUAUUUAUCGCGGGGCUAGCUCGCGGAAAUAGCCGUGUGGCUGUUUUUUCUCUAUACCGCUACGAUCCGCAUCUAUCGUUCAACGAAUCCGAUUGGUUUAGCUGUAAAGUGAAAACUGCUUCGAAAUCAGAGAAAGAAAUGGCCAAACGACGAAAAUUGCUAUUACUUCGAGCAUGUCGACUGUUGACCCAUGAAAUUUGUCAUCUAUUCGGAAUAGCACAUUGUAUCUUCUAUUCUUGUCUAAUCAAUGGAAGUGGACAUCUCGAUGAAGAUUUUAGCCAAUCACUACUUGAAUGCCCAGUGGAUUUGAGGAAACUUCACAGUUUGAUUCAAUUUGAUAUUCGAGACAGAUAUGAACAAUUACUCGAGUUUUUCAAAAUACAUGAAUUCAAGAAUGAGCUGGAAAGUGUUCAAACAAAACUCAAUGUUAUCAAUCAAUCGACGAACUCUAACAUCUCUACUGCAAAGAGAAAACAUGAUCAUUAUACUACAACAAGUGAUAGUCGUUUGCGUUCAUCAAAAAGACUCGCGAAAUGUUAA